AUGAAGAGCUUGUUCAAACAGCCGUCGCUAGAAGAUGUUGUUUUCGACUUAAAAUUCAGUGGAAAGCAACUGACUCGUUAUUCUCAAAAGGCCGAAUCUGAGUCAAAAAUGUGUCGAGGUAAAUUGAAGAAGGCACUAGAAGCAAGAAACGUAGACGCUGCUCGUAUUUACGCUGAAGAUUCUAUUAGGAAGCACAAGGAAAGUAUUCAAUACAUGGUGAUGGCAUCUCGGCUUGAUGCCGUUCAGUCGCGCUUGAGGUCAGCUUCUACCAUGAAAACAAUGACAAAGGACAUCGGCAAAGUUACAAAUCGGCUGAAGUCUAGUAUGGCAUCGAUGAAUCUUGAGAAGAUUGAAGAAGUGAUGGGUGACUUUGAAAAGACAUUCACGGAUCUGGAUGUCCGAACCUCUACUGUUGAGGGCUCUAUGAAUACUGUAAUGGCCACGUCUGCCCCUGAGAACGAAAUUCAGAGUCUAAUUAAACAGGUGGCUGAGGAGAAUGGUCUGGAAGUGGAGGCUGCAAUGGCGGGCGCUCAGGUCCCCACUGAUUCGAUCGCCCACCCCAUUAGCGGGGAACGCAGGUCCCAAGCCGAUGAUGCCCUAACGGAAAGGCUCGCUGCUCUGCGAAACUAA